UGUUACAUCUAUAACACACUAGUAGUUACAAGAGCAAGAAAGUUAUCAUCUAAACUACACCGUAGGUAAGAAAAGGGGGUAUUUUUUGUUACAUCUAUAACACACCAGUAGGAGUUAGACGAGCAAGAAAGUUACCAUCUAAACUAUCGUAGUUAAGGAGAGUACGGUAUAAUUGUUUGUUACAUCUUAACACACCAGUUACAACAGCAAGAAAGUUAACUGAGAAAAUCAACUAGGUUGACUGCCGAUUUCAAACUCAGUCUAAAAAAUGGCCAUCAAGCUUGACGAUUUUCUCUCCAAAAAGAAAGAAGUCGCUCCAAUUUUGGAUUUAUCUAAAUGUACAGCGAAUAGCAAAGAAGAGUUGAAAAAACUCUUAGAAAAAGUGCCUGAAUUCCGCACGAGACCUGAGAAGAUAAAGCCAGAAGACAUCAAGAUUCGUGAGAAAGAUUUCACUUUUAAAACGCCGAAACGGGAGCUAAAACCUCCGAGCAUUCGCGAAUACCAAUUUGUGGACCCGGUGCCAGCUGAGAUGCGGGGAGUUCGCUUGGAGGACCUCAGCUCUGUCAACAUUCCUUGGAAAAUGCUCACAACACUGAGACCCAAGAAUAAAUUGGAGGAUGAGUUUUUCUCCAGGUGGGUCAACAUUAUUCUUUUAUAG